AUGGAAGAGUCUGCGCCAAAGCGAAGACGCGUUUCUCAAGACCCUCAGGCACCACCAUCAACAUCAGCAUCAGCAUCGGCAUCACAAGCACCGACCAACCUACCACCUACAACAGCCUCACAGUCACCAAAUCGACGGCCUCGGCCAUCUUUCGCAUCACCAACCAGAGCCAGUCUAUCACGGUACAACCCGCAAAUAUUGGAACGACGUCGCUCGGCUUCCGCAUCACCACCCAAGCCUACAGCUCCCGCAACUGGCAAUCUCUCGCUCGGUGCAGCUCGCAGCGCUCAACAACUAUUUGGGCCACGAGCGGCUCAACCGCGACCAGCACUGGCCGGUGAUAUCGCAGCGAGCGAGUCUAACCAACCAGAAGAUCAAACCCGACAGACUCAGGGCACGCCGAGAGCCGCGACGAGCUCUCAGGCUGGCCCAACAGUACCUCCUCGACGAACACCCAUAAAACCAAGCCCACGACCUCUUCCACCACCCGCGCCAGAAGGGGAUGAUGAGUUGACCCCCUUUCUUGGACGAAUGCAGCGACCCGAACGCAACACAGGGGUUCCCAUACCCCCUCCUCCGGAGCCGGAACUCCCGCCGGCUGUCUCUGAUCCAGUGUCGUCAACGCCUCCCCGAGGCAUUCACAGCAGUCCCAGAUGGAAAGAUCGAGACAAGAGGAAGAAGACGUCGCCGUUGAAGAGCUCACCGCUGAAGCCUCGUACUCCCGGCAUCAUGUUCAGGAAAGCUGGUGUAUCGCCUAGCCCAGCUCGUUCUGUUGCGCGUAGAGAUCAGCCGCUCCAGGAUCGAAGCUUGAAUGCAAACACGAACGCAGCUCGCCAAGUUCCAGCGACCGACAAAAACAUGCACAAGCUAAAAGAGAGGAAUCGGCUGCGGAGGGAGAUCGCAGUGCUAAGGAGAGAAAUCGAACUUGCGGCACGGGAAAAUGAACGUAUCCGGGCCAUGCAACGAGCUGGCCGGGUCGUGGCCCCGGACAACGAAGAGGAUGUCCUGAAUUUGGUUCAAAAGACUUUGGUCGCAACCAGAACAGCCCCUACCCCAGGACUGGCUCACCAAAUGACGCAAGCAGCAUUACACCCCAUGGGCAUAUUGCCAUUUGGCCCGCCAAAAUUGGUAUCGAAUCAAGGAGAUGACGAAUCAGACGAAGCGAAUAUCAAAUCCCAUCACCCCGUCCCAAUGUCGGCGGCAGACGAUUUACCCUUUUUGCAACUCUUCAGUCCCUUCUCUGCUACCUCCCAAGUCUCGGUUCUACCAUCGGUACGGAACCAACCACUACGGCAGCGGAGGCAAAUCACGUUACGAUCUCGAGAUGUGCCGGGUUUAUUUAUGGCAAGGGUCGACAUGGUUGUGAACGCAAUGAAUUUAAAUAUAUUAGCACUAAAGGUCCCUGCUCUUGAGCCAAGCGCCAGAUCUGAGCUUGGACCCUUUGUCGAAAGAAUCUGUUCCGGAGAUUGCAACAGAACUAUGCAACAGAACGUUGGAAUUUUGUCAUGGUCGAUGAGCGAGUGGUAUCGUGUGGCAGUACAGCGAGCUCGAUUUUGGUUUCAUCUGGAGCAAAGCCUAGCCGCCAAGGGAGACUACCUACAAUCGAUAAUGCGACUGCGAGCAGAGCCCGAAACAGACGUGGACGAUUCCCAAGAUGAAGGUCUUGACCAAUGCGGCACGGCUGACUUGUUACGAUUUCUCGGCCAACAGUCGUAUGAUGUACCGAUCCCAACCGCUGCAGAAGCAGGUCCAGAAGCAGCCGUGCGAUUGGAAUGGAAGAUCAGCCUUGACUGGACAGGUGAAGCUCAAAGCAAAAUGGGCCUGCUCCUCGGCAUUCCGGGCAAAUGGCGGCAAGCGGAUACAAGAGGCGUCUUUGGUUUAUUUCCAAAGCUCUUUGAAGACCUGAUAGACGGCGGUUUGCCCCCGAGGAAGGCUGUGCGAACCAUUGUAGCGCUCCUGGCGGGUGCUUAG